CCUCUACGAGUGACGCAUCACACUCCAAACCUGCAAGACAGUCCAUCCCGGACGAAGCAAACCUGUAGAUUCGACUCGACUCGCUGUCAGUUUUGUCAUCUCCAAAGAUGCUUGGGAAAACUAUUACCAAUGUCUGUCUGCUGCUCGUUCUCGCUUUUUCGGUUUUUGCCGAGGACUGCUCUCAACCCUGUGACUGCCCAACAGAACCUCCUAUGUGCUCUUACGGAACCAGCCUAGUUCUAGACGGCUGUGGGUGCUGUAAGGUGUGUGCCCGACAGGCUGGGGAACCCUGUUCUCUCCUGGAGCCCUGUGACCACCACAAAGAGCUCUACUGCGAGCACAGCCUCCUCGGUGACUCCGACACCGGCAUCUGCAUGCCUCAAGAGGGUCAGACAUGUGACCUGGGCGGUGUGAUCUACCGCAGCGGCGAGACCUUCCAGCCCAGCUGCAAGCACCACUGCGUCUGCAUGAACGGCGAGAUCGGCUGCGUGCCCACCUGCGCCAGUGACGUGCGGCUGCCCUCGCCCGACUGCCCGUACCCGCGUCGCAUCCAGAUCCCCGGGCAGUGCUGCGAGGAGUGGGUCUGUGACGAGACGCCCCAGGAGGAGACCUUCGAGUCGGCCAUGGCAGUGUUCCGAGAGGUGUCUGCCCACGGGCCCAAGCCGGAGAGCCCACGGGACAACUGCCUCGUCCAGACCACCGAGUGGAGCGAGUGCUCGGCCACCUGCGGCAUGGGCGUGUCUUCCCGCGUCACCAACGACAACGAGCGCUGCCAGCUGGAGCGGCAGACCCGCGUCUGCAUGAUCCGCCCAUGCCAGGCCGACCAGGAGAAAAGCAUCAAGAAGGGGAAGAGGUGUAUCCGCACCCCUCGCAGCUCCCGCGGGAUGCGCUUCGAGCUGUCCGGCUGCCGUAGCGUGCGCUCCUACCGGCCCAAGUUCUGUGGCACCUGCACGGACGGACGCUGCUGCACGCCUCAGAGCACCGCCACGGCCGAGGUGGAGUUCCGCUGCCCGGAGGGCGACACCUUCCGCCGCAAGAUGAUGUUCAUCAAGACGUGCAUGUGCCACCACGACUGCCCGCGCGAAAACGAUAUCUUCCUGUCGACGAACGUCCGGCACAUGGCCAACGACUACGAGAACGACAUGUGAGGGGGGAGAGAAGCGAAGCAAACUCGCUGCCAUUUUUACACAACACACACACACACACAUACACACACACGCACGCACACACACACACACACACACACACACACACACACACACACAAAUGCAGGUUUGUCAGUUACCCAUAUACAUACACAUAGAAUUGGCAGCUCUUCAGCUCCUCUGGAAAUCCACCUUCCCUGACCCCACCCAGUGUAGGAGUAUAGGACAAAAUACUUCACGUGUCGUUGUGAGACGUAUGAAAACGUGUGAAGUAUUAGUUUGUGGACAAGUGGUUAUUAUUAUUAUUAUUUUGUUUUUGCUGUUGUUGUAUUUUGCAUUUUUUAUGUUUUUAAUGUGCAGCUCUGAGGUCGCCUGUACAGAUGGUGUUAAGUCGACCUUUCGCACUGAGGGGAGUGGACAAGUUUGUGUGUGUGUGUGUGGGUGUGUGUGUGCGUCUGCGUGUGUGUCCUGAUAACCAUUUCACAGUAUUAAAACACAAGUUCCUGGAACUUAGGACCAGAAACUGACAAAAAAAAUCUGACAAAAAUGCUUCAAGCAAAUGCCUACCUAUUUUUUUCCACUUAUAAGUAUUAUUUAAUUGUCUAUUAUUAUUAUUAUUAUUUUAUUUUUUACUGUAUUGUCUCCCCACCACUGUUUUUGAAGAGUGUCCUCAUUCUCUGAGGAUGACAAUUGUUGAUUAACAACAGAUCCUAUUCAUCUCAGACUUAUUUAUGGGGUCUCAUAAAUUUAAGACAUUUAAAUGUUUAGGUUUUUAGGAACCUAACGAGACUGUGUCAUCAAUGUAAUCUUGACCUAUGACCUUUACCAAUGACCUUUACUAACGGACCCUAUUAUGGGGUAGAAAAGUACCUAGCAAGACCCCCCAAAUUCCAUAAGGAAGAUGAUAUCCAGAAAUCCCAGUACGAUUGUAACAUAGCUUAUCUGAACGAAAUGAAGUGUAGCAUUUAUUUAAAAGAGUGAUAAAAAAGUACGCUAGUAAAAAUGAACAAAUACACCAUGUGUAAAUCCUGUCAGAAGACUGUGUACAAUUUUGUACUAAUUUAUGUACCUGUUUAAACACACCGUUGUAGUUGGAUGUAUUUGUACUGUAUUGUAACUGUGUUUUCACUGUAACCGCCUGGUAAUGAUACGAGUGAGAUCCUGUCUGUUGCACUUUUUGUUUUCCAAUAAAGAAAAUAUAUUUUUA